GUGUCAAGGCGGGAGGAGACUUGGGACGUACUCCUGCCUCGUCACCACCCUCCCUCCCCCGAUCUUCGCGGUGCCUUGAGCACCUUUGCCAGUGGCCCCAGCUGAGGGGCCGAUCUGCUAGACUCGCACCAAACUUGUCCGCCCUGGGCUUGGGAUCCUGCACUCAAGGGACUCCUCUGGAGCCAGUGGACUUGGAGCUAUUAGCGCCCCCUCCCCGCGCCCCGCCUCCCUCUCCUGCCUUUUUUUGGGGAGGAGCUCUCCGCGAUCCGGAGAGUUCCCGAGGGUCACCCGCCGCACUGUGCUCGCUUUUCCGUCUCGCCUUCACCUGGAUAUAAUUUGCCAGCGAAGCUGCCCCCAGGAUGACCACGCUGGCCGGCGCUGUGCCCAGGAUGAUGCGGCCCGGCCCGGGGCAGAAUUACCCACGCAGCGGCUUCCCACUGGAAGUGUCUACACCCCUCGGCCAGGGCCGAGUCAAUCAGCUCGGAGGAGUAUUUAUCAACGGCAGGCCUCUGCCCAACCACAUCCGCCACAAGAUCGUGGAGAUGGCCCACCACGGCAUUCGGCCUUGCGUCAUCUCUCGCCAACUUCGCGUGUCCCACGGCUGUGUCUCUAAGAUCUUAUGCAGGUACCAGGAGACAGGCUCCAUCCGACCUGGCGCCAUUGGCGGCAGCAAGCCCAAGGUGACAACGCCUGACGUGGAGAAGAAAAUUGAGGAAUACAAAAGAGAGAACCCAGGCAUGUUUAGCUGGGAAAUCAGAGACAAAUUACUCAAGGACGCUGUCUGUGAUCGGAACACUGUGCCCUCAGUGAGUUCCAUCAGUCGCAUCCUGAGGAGUAAAUUUGGAAAAGGAGAAGAGGAGGAGGCGGAUUUAGAAAGGAAAGAAGCCGAGGAAAGCGAGAAAAAGGCUAAACACAGCAUCGAUGGCAUCCUAAGUGAGCGAGCCUCCGCACCUCAAUCAGAUGAAGGCUCGGACAUUGACUCAGAACCUGAUUUACCGCUGAAGAGGAAGCAGCGCAGGAGUAGAACCACCUUCACCGCAGAGCAGCUGGAGGAACUGGAGCGCGCUUUCGAGAGAACCCACUAUCCAGACAUUUACACCAGGGAGGAGCUGGCCCAGAGGGCGAAGCUUACUGAGGCCCGAGUGCAGGUCUGGUUUAGCAACCGCCGUGCAAGAUGGAGGAAGCAAGCUGGAGCCAAUCAACUGAUGGCUUUCAACCAUCUCAUUCCGGGGGGAUUCCCUCCCACCGCCAUGCCGACCCUGCCAACAUACCAGCUGUCGGAGACCUCUUACCAGCCCACGUCUAUUCCACAAGCCGUAUCAGAUCCCAGUAGUACUGUUCACAGACCUCAGCCGCUUCCUCCGAGCACUGUCCACCAAAGCACCAUUCCUUCGAAUGCAGACAGCAGCUCUGCCUACUGCCUUCCCAGCACCAGGCAUGGAUUUUCAAGCUACACCGACAGCUUCGUGCCUCCAUCGGGGCCCUCCAACCCCAUGAACCCCGCCAUUGGCAAUGGCCUUUCACCUCAGGUAAUGGGACUUCUGACCAACCACGGUGGGGUACCGCACCAGCCUCAGACCGACUAUGCUCUCUCCCCUCUCACUGGGGGCCUGGAACCCACGACCACGGUGUCAGCCAGCUGCAGUCAGAGAUUGGAGCACAUGAAGAAUGUGGACAGUCUGCCCACAUCUCAGCCCUACUGUCCCCCCACCUAUAGUACCACAGGCUACAGCAUGGACCCUGUCACGGGCUACCAGUAUGGGCAGUAUGGACAAAGUGCCUUUCAUUAUCUCAAGCCAGAUAUUGCAUAAGUGAACUGUCCACAUGGAGCCCUGUUUCCGGCCUCCACAGACUAGACAUGAAGAAUCUUCUCAGAAACAAAACAUAACAAAACAAUAAUAAUAAAAAAAUAAUAAAUUUUAAAAAAAUCAGCUUUUGGGGGAGGUGGAGACGAAAGAAAGCGAUUGAUUUUCUUUCUCCAGUAGUUGCUUUCAGACUCUUUGAACAAAAAACAGGGGAGGCAAGGAAGACCCAGAGCUAUAAAACGCACCAUUUUAAGACAGUGACGUAACCUGGCUACAUAUCAAAAAUGUCCCCAACUCUUUGUUGCUGAUCAAGAAGCUAAAACAUUCCAUGUGUGUGUGUGUGUGUGUGUGUGUGUGUGUGUGAGAGAGAGAGAGAGAGAGAGAGAGAGAGAGAGAGAGAGAGAGAGAGAGAGAGUUUCAUAGGCUGGUUUGAAUAAGCAUAAUGUUCCCAUAUAUUGUAAUUGAAUUCUUGAAAGUUAACAGGUUUGAUGUCUAAGGCUGACCAAGUUUGUGACAUUCACACUGCUUACAUAAUGAAUUGGAAGUGGAGGAAUCCUUGACUUUGACACACUGGAAACUGAUCUGAAAACCAACACCACCAUUUUACAGGAUGCUAGACUAGACGUGAAGGAUCUCCCCAAUAAAUAAUUGUCAUACCUUCAUUCAUAACCUAGUUGCCAACCGAUGUCCCUGACAUGUCUUGUAAAAAGAUAGUGAGAAAAAGUGUGUUAUCUGCUGUGGGGAUAGAUGGAUGUCAUCCACUUCCCAAGUCACAUUGAUUUGGAAGCCAGCCUGGGUGGGGGGAAGGGCAUGACCGAGAGGAAGUGACACCCAUCACAUAAUCUGCUUUUCAGCGUGCAAUACUGUGUACCUCACAGAUGCUUUGGCCAUGGCCAAGGCGAUAGAAAUGGAAUCAGAACUAUAUUUUUGCAGGUGUUUUUAUUUUUGCAGCCCAUAACCCAUCGUUGUAGAAUGCAGUGAUGUUUUCGAGUUACUAAACAACCCACAUCCUGCUUGCUCUUUUUGCUCAGAGACUCUGUCUGAGAAUGAAGCUUUCUACAGCAGUGACGUUUACAUUCUCGUCUCUUUUCUACGAAAGGCAGGGCUUGAGCAGAAAUGUCCACGUGGCUCUCGUGUACUUUUAAAUUAUACAGUGAUACCCAAUAUUAAAGGAUGGUAGGGAACAGAGGUUUACAUGCAUUUAUGCGGUGACAUUUAGGAUGUCAAUAAAUCUGUGUUUUGAAAUGUUAAGAGGAAGAUGAAGGUGGGCGGUGCUGUUAUUUAUUUCUUUCUAUUCUUGGAACCAUGAAUGAGGUAGACACAAAUACAUUCCCUUUAGAUGUAAGAACAAUGAGGUAGUGUGUUAGCAGGACUAGACAUAGAACUGAGUUAUUUUAUACGUUGGACAAGGGUGAUGAAACAGGAGACAUAGUAUCUCUGUGUUGCAGCCUCAACCAACAAUGAUGUGUUGUAAAAAUGUCUUUCAUGUAAAAAGUGCAGUAAAUAUUUACUAUUUAUAAUGAAUAAACAGUUAAUGAAAA